AUGCGCACGGAGCCGCCCUCUUGGAGCCGGGCGGUUGCCGGGGCAACGGGGGGCGGCGCGGCCUGGGCCCGAUCCUGCGCCUGGGCCCGAUCCUGCGCCUGGGCCUGGGCCGCGGCUGCUCUUCGCACUUUGUCCUCGUCCCCGCGACGUGGCCGCGCGAGAACCCGGAGACCGCGGCCAGAGCCACGGGACGCGCGGGGGGACGGUCACGCGGCGUCCCCGGCACGGCCGAGGGGAACGCGCCUGCUGUCCCCGGCACGGCCGAGGGGACUGUGCCCGGUGUCCCCGGCAUGGCCGAGGGCACUGUGCCCGGUGUCCCCGGCAUGGCCGAGGGGACUGUGCCCGGUGUCCCCGGCAUGGCCGAGGGGAACGCGCCUGCUGUCCCCGGCACGGCCGAGGGGACCGCGCCCGGUGUCCCCAGCACGGCCGAGGGGACCGCACCCGGUGUCCCCGGCACGGCCGAGGGGACUGUGCCCGGUGUCCCCGGCACGGCCGAGGGGACCGCGCGCGGAGCGGCCGCGGAGGGCGACGCGCUGGCACGUCCCGGCGUGGGACGCGGCGGCCGGGGAGGAGUUCCUGCGGGCGGCCGUGGAGGUGCUGCUGGAGGACGCCGUGCGCGGCGGCACCGACGUGACACGCAAGGUGUGCGAGUGGAAGGAGCCGGCGGAGCUGCGGGCGCUGCUGGACCUGGAGCUGCGGGAGCAGGGGGAGCCGGGGGGGCGGCUGCUGCGGCGCUGCCGGGACCUCGUGCGCUACAGCGUCAAAACCGGUCACCCGCGGUUCUUCAACCAGCUCUUCUCCGGCCUGGACCACCACGCGCUGGCGGGACGGCUGCUCACCGAGGCGCUCAACACCAGCCAGUACACGUACGAGAUCGCCCCGGUGUUCGUGCUGAUGGAGGACGUGGUGCUGGCCAAGCUGCGCGAGCUGGUGGGCUGGAGCGGCGGCGACGGCAUCUUCGCCCCAGGAGGCUCCAUGUCCAACAUGUACGCCAUGAACGUGGCUCGCUACCGCUUCCCGCAUGGCCGCCGGAGCGGCAACUGGGCCCUGCCGCGCCUGGUCCUGUUCGCCUCCCGCGAGAGCCACUACUCGGUGCUGAAAGGAGCCGCGUUCCUGGGCAUCGGCACCGACAACGUGCGCCUGGUCGGCACUGACGACAGGGGAAGAUGAUCCCCCGAGGAGCUGGAGAAGGAGAUCGAGAGGGCGAAAGCCGAGGGCGCUCAGCCUUUCUUCGUCUGCGCCACCUGCGGCACCACCGUCCUGGGCGCCUUCGACCCCGUGGGCGCCAUCGCCGACGUCUGCCAGCGCCACGGCCUCUGGCUGCACGUGGACGCAGCCUGGGGCGGCAGCGCGCUGCUCUCCGGCAAGCACCGGCACCUCCUGGCCGGCAUCGAGAGGGCCGACUCGGUGGCCUGGAACCCGCACAAGAUGCUGACGGUGGGCUUGCAGUGCUCAGCGUUCCUGCUCCGCGACGGCUCCGGGCUCCUGCAGCGCUGCCACGGCGCCGGCGCCACGUACCUGUUCCAGACCGACAAGUUCUACGACGUCGCGUACGACACCGGGGACAAGAGCCCGCAGUGCGGCCGGCGCGUGGACUGCCUCAAGCUCUGGCUGCUCUGGAAAGCCGCCGGCACGCGCGGGCUGGCGCGGCGCGUCGAGCGGGCCUUCGCCUGCACGCGGUACCUGGCGGAGCAGGUGCGGCGCAGGGACGGAUUCCAGCUGGUGUCAGAGCCGGAGUUCAUCAACCUCUGCUUCUGGUUCGUGCCCCCCAGCCUGCGGGGCCGAGGCGCCCCCGAUUACUGGCCGAGACUGGGGAAGGUGGCCCCCGCCAUCAAGGAGCGGAUGAUGAAGAAGGGCUCCAUGAUGGUGAGUUACCAGCCCCACGGCGCCCGGGUCAACUUCUUCCGGCAGAUCGUCACCAGCCCGGCCGUCACCACGGCCGACCUCGACUUCUUCCUGGACGAGAUCGAGAGGCUGGGACGGGACCUGUGAGACGCGGGGGGCCCGGGGGGCCGCCCGCCACCCCCGCCCCCCAAGACCCGCGAACGAGAGCAGGCAGGACUGGAAUAAAACGCUUUUACUGUU